AAGUUAUUCAACGUGAUCUCUGAAAACGACGACCAUUCAGUGACCACGUUUUUUGAUCUGUUUGUGUUAGUUUCGGCUUUAACGAAUAAAUGGGUAGGAAAAAGGAGCUGUCAGACCUUGGGAAAAGAGGAAAGGGCAAAAAGUCUAAAAAACAGGGAGAGCCUCUUCUCACCGGAGUUUUUAGAGAUGUUGUUGAAAAAGAAGAUAAAAAGAUGGGAAGGCGUGCUAGAAAAAGGAUGGCUAAGAGAACUGCAGAGGCUUCAGCAAUCCUUGAAAGAAGUGCUCAGAAGAAAAAAAGCAACAAGAAAGAGGAUGAACUUCAAAGUGAUGGAGAAGGUGAUGGAGAAGAUAUCUCUGAAGAUGAGAUGAUGCAGUCCUUAACAGAUGAAGAAAUGAGUAGUGAUGAGGAAUAUUCUGAUGAAGAUGAGGAAUUAAUCAAUUUUAUGUACAUUUAUUUUUUGAAUGGACCUAGUCCAAAACAGAUGUGUAUAAGAGACAGCAUUGUUACAGUCUUCAGAUGUAGUGGACAUAAAAUAAUGCUUCUUCAGGUCCCUGACAACACCCAGCCAGCAGAAGAUUAUGAGAAUGUAAACCUAGACUCGGAUUCAGAUGAUGAUAGUGAUGAAGAUGAUGGCGGUGAUGAUGGUACUGACGAUGAUCAGGACCUAUUACCGGUGGAAAAAGCUUCCAAAAAAUUAGAGAAAAAAAUGAAGAAACAAAGGCAACUUGCAGACGCAGAGCUUCAGACCAGUAUAACACAGACAGAGACCUACCGCUUGCCCAGUGGCCAGGAGAUUGAGAAAGAAGCAACUCAACCACCAGACAUCACAAUUAUUCACCAACGCAUCAAAGAGAUCUUAGAAGUGCUUGGCGAUUUCACAAAAAGGAGAGAAGAAGGAGUACCAAGAUCUGAAUACAUCCAGCGUUUGACAUCUGACCUUUGCACCUACUACAGUUACAAUGAUUAUCUUAUGAAUAAGCUAAUACAGUUAUUCCCACUGUCAGAGCUUGUUGAAUUCCUGGAAGCAAAUGAAGUUCAACGACCUUUGACUAUUAGAACAAAUACACUGAAAACAAGGCGCCGAGACUUAGCUCAGGCUCUCAUUAAUAGAGGUGUGAAUUUAGAUCCUGUUGGAAAGUGGUCUAAAGUCGGAUUGGUUGUGUACGAUUCAGCUGUACCAAUUGGUGCCACGCCAGAGUACCUAGCAGGGCAUUAUGUACUUCAGAGCGCCUCCAGUUUCCUACCUGUCAUGGCCCUAGCACCUCAGGAUAAUGAGCGGAUAUUGGAUAUGUGCUCGGCUCCGGGUGGCAAAACUACUUAUAUUGCAUCUCUGAUGAAAAAUACAGGAAUGCUUUUCGCAAAUGACUUCAACAAGGAGAGAAUCAAGGCAGUUGUGGGUAAUCUGCAUCGAUGUGGUGUUACUAACACUGUUGUUAGUAAUUAUGAUGGCAGGUCAUUUCCUAAAGUGAUUGGUGGUUUUGAUAGGGUGUUACUUGAUGCACCUUGUAGUGGCACAGGAGUGAUUGCUAAAGACACAGCAGUCAAGACAAACAAGGAUGAGAAAGACAUUCUUCGCUGUUCACAUCUCCAGAAGGAACUCAUACUGGCUGCCAUUGACUCCAUGGAUGCUAAAUCCAGCACUGGUGGAUAUCUUGUCUAUUCUACAUGUUCAAUUAUGGUUGAGGAAAAUGAGUGCGUAAUAGACUAUGCAUUGAAAAAGAGAUGUGUUAAGCUUGUCAGCACAGGCUUAGAGUUUGGAAAAGAUGGUUUUACAAGGUUUCGUGAAAGAAAGUUCCAUCCGACAAUGAACCUAACCAAGCGAUUCUAUCCCCACACUCAUAAUAUGGAUGGUUUCUUUGUCGCAAAACUAAAGAAAUUUUCCAACAAGAUACCAAAUACAGAUGUGUCUACAGCUGUAGAGGCUAGUGAAGAAAAGGAAAAAGUUAAUAAAGAAAUCAAGUUGUCCAACUCAGAAAAACGAUCCCCUGCAAGAAAAAGUAAAUCUUCUAAAAUAGGAACGCCUUCACCAUCAUUAAACCCUAAUAAUGAUGAUAAGAAACCUUCAGUUGGAAAGAAAACAAAAAGGGCAGCAGAUAAAUCAAAAGAUGUACCUCCACCCAAGAAAAUUAAUAGGAAGUCUGAUGGCAAGAUAGAUGAGAACAUUAUAAGUAACACAAAUACUUUAUCAAAUGGUAAAAAGACACCUAUUAAAUCUAAGAUUGUCUCCAAAGUUAUGGUUAAUGGCGGUUCAAAUAAGAAGAAAACAGAAAAUAGAUUGACAACACCAACCCAUGUAAACACAACUAAAUUGAUAAUUUCUAGUGAAAAGGUACAAAAGGUUUCCAGUAAAAAGAAAAGUUUGAAAGCAUCUGUUGAAGCGUCAUCAGUAAAAUCUAACCAUACUGAAAUGGAAACACCAUUGGUAUCUACUAAAGCAGAUACCACUGUAAAAACACCACAAAGGUCAAAGACACCAUCGGGCACAAUGAGUGAGAAAAAAAAGCUGAAAGUUCAGCUCAAACGCAUUUUGGAAAACAGAAGGAAAUCAAAGGGUAAUGGAAUAGAAUGAUAGACAAGGACGUGAAAUUUGAAAUAUAAUGUGUAUUUUAAUAUGAACAUGGAGGCAUCAUUACAACCUUUUCAUUGUUAUUUUUUUUUUUUUUUGGGGAGGUGGGGUGGUGGUUGGAUGUUCAGUUCUUUGGUGGAAGCGAUUCUCCAUAAACUGCUAGCAAGUCUGAUUAUGAGACUUCAAGAAAGGAGUUUAGUUGAGCAUUCUUAACUAUCAAUCUACAGCUCAACAUUUUUAUUUUUAAAGCCAACAAAAAAUGUGAGGUUGCACCACGAAAUGAGAUGCAUCCUUGGUGAAAUAAUAUUGAGAUAUUCACCAAAAUAUUUAAUGUUUGAUGAUUUCGAAUAAAAAUAGAAUUUUAUUUCUGUCCAAUUAGCACACCCGUCACCAUGAAAAAGUAGAAAUUGCUGGAAUCUUUAUUUUUAUUACGCUCUCCGCUGCCUUGAAAUAUCCGAAGAUAAGAUAUGUACUGUAUAUUUCUUCCUAAUUAUAGAAGGUUCAAGCAUUUAACCAUACUGUUUUACAUUCACCAAUAAAAUUUUAUUUUUAUUUUCUCCUUUGUCUGGAUGUUUUUGGCAAAACUAUUUGCUAAAUAAGAAAACAAAAUUUUAUUUUUAUUCCGCCCUUCUCCCGUAAUCUUUAAAGAAAUAAUUGGGGGGGUCCAUCGUAGUGCUGUUCUCGGUAGCGAGGAAGGUGGCAUGCGACAGACAUGUCGUAACUCCAAUGACGCAUCUGGAUUUCCUCUUGUACGGGCACUGUUUCUGUUUUGCUCCGGAGUUGUUCAUUUGAAAUGGUAUUCGGCCAGUAGAUUCUGAUGAUGCGCCGCAGGCAUUUGAUUUCGCCCUAUGAUACCUUUGUACCUUUUCACUAGAAAAAUUCACUUUUUAAGUGAAUUUUCUUUCUAAACAGCGUUUCGGCUCAUAUUCUGUAAUUCUAGUCCUAUUAUUUGUACAGGUUAGUUAAUUAAAGUUUAUAAUGUGAUCUGCCCAAAUAUAAUAUAAACUCAAUUCUUGAUUUUCUGACCAUGAAACUCAUUUUGUAGUGAGACCUCACAAAUGUGUUUUCCAAGCACAGCCAUCUGGGAAUCAGGGCUGAUUUUUCAGCCUUUAUUUAUUUAUUUACUUAUAAUAAAUAUUAUUAAAUUACAAUAAUUAUGAAUGUUUUAAGAUUCUCAAGUUAAUGUUAAAUUUAUAUAUUUUCUGGCUUUGUUAACAACCUUUAGGAGGAAUGUGGAUCAUAAUGUUUUAAAAAAAUGAGCUUUUUAUGGAUAUUAACUAUCCUUUUACUUCAAUAAAUACUUUAUUUAAUAGUACAGUUUA